AUUCACAGCUUGAUGUGCCUAAGUACUGGGAAGCAUUUUCUAGGAAGGCAAUGGGUCCUCUGGGCCCAGGGUGCUGGAGGAGCCAGCCCAGGGCCACACAGGACACAGAUGUGGUCUUACUGCCUGGAAAUAGCCUCUCAUGUAACCCUGGCCAUCAGCUGGAAAGCAGUGGGAAUCAGUAAGGGAUUUCUUUCCAAACUCUACUUCAUCAGAGGCUGCUGAAUCAGGGAAAGCUAAAUCCUGGAUCUUUGAUAUGGAGGUGGAGAACCAGACACGGGUCACCACGUUCAUUCUGGUGGGGUUCCCUGGGAGCUUGAGGAUGCGGGCAGCAGUGUUCCUGAUGUUCCUUGUGGCCUAUAUUCUGACAGUGGCUGAAAAUGUGAUCAUCAUCCUCCUGGUGCAGCAGAACCGGCCGCUGCACAAGCCCAUGUACUUCUUCCUGGCCAACCUAUCUUUCUUGGAGACCUGGUACAUCUCCGUGACUGUGCCCAAGCUACUGUUCAGCUUUUGGUCCAUGAGUAACAGCAUCUCCUUCACCAACUGUAUGAUACAACUUUACUUCUUCAUUGCACUCAUGUGUACAGAAUGCGUCCUUCUGGCAGCCAUGGCCUAUGACCGUUAUGUGGCCAUCUGCCGCCCACUCCACUACCCCACCAUCAUGAGCCAUGGGCUCUGUUUCCGUCUGGCUCUUGGUUCCUGGGUCAUUGGUUUUGGCAUCUCUUUGGCAAAGAUCUACUUCAUCUCCCGCCUCAGCUUCUGUGGCCCCAAUGUCAUCAACCACUUCUUUUGUGACAUCUCUCCAGUACUGAACCUCUCCUGUACGGACAUGUCCAUAGCUGAGUUAGUGGACUUUGUCUUGGCCCUGAUCAUCUUCCUCUUCCCACUGGCAAUCACUGUUCUGUCCUACGGAUGCAUUCUGGCCACUGUGUUACGCAUGCCCACAGGAAAGCAGAAGGCCUUCUCCACCUGCACUUCCCACCUCGUGGUGGUCACCAUCUUCUAUUCGGCCACUAUUUUCAUGUACGCCCGACCCCGAGCUAUCCAUGCCUUCAACAUGAAUAAAGUCAUUUCCGUCUUCUACGCCGUUGUCACCCCGGCCUUCAACCCUUUCAUUUAUUGCCUAAGGAAUCGAGAGGUCAAAGAAGCUCUGAAGAAACUGUUCUAUUUCCAGGCCGAUAGAUCUGACCAGUCCAUUAUGAAUUGAUUAGAAAGAAAAGAUUGCCUGCUCUGUUUCCCUACAACCAUCCUUUUCUA